UCUAUCACUGUAACAGCGUGAUCAAGAUGCUCUUCGGCCCCAUCUCCUCGUCCGUCUGUCGCUCGUUCAGCUCCUUCACCUUCCUCGAGCGAUGCAAGCUCCACCUCUUCUUCCUCACCUGCCGCCUCUGCCCGGAGCUCGACAGCGAGUUGUGUGCCGAUGCCAAGAGACUGUCAUCGCUUCAUGGCGACAACCUCAAGUCGGACUUUGUACGAUGGAAUUUGAGGACGUUGAAGACAAUUCCUGUCCUGUCAGACCUCACACAAGCUCUCGAUGAGAUGGGGAUGUUUGUCCAGCAAAACCCCAUCUGCCAGCAAACAGGUUACAUCAUCGACUUGUUUGUGGAGAGCAGAGACAAGACAUGGCUGAUACAGUAUCACGGCGAGGACAGGCAUAUUGCUGGUGCUGGUGCUGGUAACGCGCGAGUGAGGCGAGCAGGCAGUCAACAAGGAGAGCUGAAGCUGCAGAGAUACCUGCUGAGUUGUGUGGGGUAUAAGAUUGUAGCGAUAACAUCCAGCGAAUGGGAUGACGUCAAGAUGUCGAAGAAGAGUAUUCGAUCUUAUCUAGCAUGGAAACUGGGACUGGUGUAAAUACACAGCUGAGUGUUAGGGCUUUUGAGCUGUUUAAUCUGUUUAGCUAUCAGAAUGUAUCUGUUCCUUUUC